AUGUCUUCUGCAGAACAAGAAUUUGUGUCUAAAUUCCUCACACUUACCAACCUCUCGGAAUCGUUGUUACCUGGUAACUACCAAAAGCCUUUGCAAGAAAUUGUUUCGUUGGGUGUCCCAUUACCAGCUUUGAAGUACAAAUAUGAUCCAAAAAGAUUUAAUAAUGCUCUGAAUAAAGAGAACCACGGUGCUCUUUCCACCUCCCCCGUAACUCUAACUUUGAAAAGUAUUAGACCUCCGAAAUUUUUAUUAAGCAAAGAAUUCAACACGAAUGAUACAAUUCAUCAGGUCAAGCAGUUUAUUAUUGGUAAAACUGAUAUUGGCAACGAAGGUGAAUUAAAACUAUUACAAAAAGGGAAAGUUUUGCAUGAUGGCAUGCUCUUAUUAGAUUUAGGCACGAAUAAUGCGGUUAUUAAUGUUCUGGUUUCAAGACAAUCACCAUCAUCUAUAUCUAUUGGGACACCUGUCGGGAAAAUUCCUAUAGAAAGAAAAUCUUUAGAUAAUGAAAAGCCUCAGGAGGUCUCUGUCCCCUGGGAGGAUAUCAGAACACUGUUAAAAGCGAAGUUUAAUAGCGAUGUAGAUGCCGAUGAAGUUCUUGCAAGAUUGAAGAAAGGGUGGGAUAUGGCGAAAUGA